GAAGCCAACAUCCACUUCUUGAAGAGUGUCUUAAAUAUAAACGAAAAUCUUCAUACUUUAUUGCUACAAAAUGAAAAUCUUCAUCUUUUUCUGUUUGGCGUCCAUAGCCUAUGCCGACAAAUUGGGCUACAACUACCAACCGGUGGCACAUUCUAACGAAGGUCUUUCCUUCACACCUGGUGCUCAACCAAGAGCUGCUCCCUCAGCACCCACCCAAGAGGCACCAGCUCUUCCCGCAGCAAUUCCGGCCACUGCCCAACCAGCACCUGCCGCUGCCCACCCAGCACCUGCCGCUACAGCUGCACCUGCACCUGCCGCUCCAGCGAUAACACAAUAUGAAAAGGAGUUCUACACAUUCACGGCACCUCAAGCGGAAUUCGAUGAUGCUGCUGGGCAUCAGACGAUCGCCAAUUCACUAAAGAAGAAUCUGCGCGUUGUUUUCAUUAAAACGCCGGAGAGUAAGGCUCUAGAGAAUGCAGCGCUCAGCUUAGCCAAACAGGGCAGUGAAGAUAAGACCGCUAUUUAUGUGCUCACCAAACAGGCCGACCUAGGCAGCUUAGGUCAACAGCUGCAAGCAAUUCAGUCACAGUCAAGCCACAAACCCGAAGUACAUUUUAUCAAGUACCGUACACCACAAGACGCUACUCAUGCACAGCAAGCAAUUCAACAACAAUACGAUAGCCUACCCGGUUCAUCGCAUAACUCCAACGAAGGCACUGCUCCGGUACUGAACUUUGCUUCACAGGCACCCGCCGCCGCUGUAGCAGCACCAGCUGGACCAGGCAAUAAGUAUCUGCCAGCUAAUCCAGUGCCCACACCAGCAUAUCUUCCACCCAGUCUACGCCUUUUUCGUCACUAAGUAAUAACUACAUUUAUAUAUGUACAUACAUGCCACUAUAUACCAUAUAUAUAUACAUACAUACAUUCAUAUGCAGAUAUAAUGGCGCAGAUGUUUAUGUUUAAGUAUCCAUUGUUAUAUUAAAUAAAUUCAUGCAAUAAAACAGCACAUA